AUGCAGCCGCCUACCCUUCUCCCGCUCGCCGCCGCCGCCGCCAUCGCCGUCCUCCUACUCGCCGUCGCUCCGACACCCGCCGUCUCCCGCCACCGCCACUCGUCCGCCGACACGGAGACGCUCGAUGUAGCCGCCUCACUCUCCCGCGCCCGCGCCGCGGUCUCCACCGACUCCAUCUCGCUGCACCAGUCCGCCGCCGAGGCGAAGCGCUCUUCACGGGAGGGCGGCGGCCUCACGCUGCGGCUCCACUCCCGGGAUUUCCUGCCCGAGGCGCAGCAGGGGCGGCGGCACGAGACGUACCGGUCCCUGGUGCUGUCCCGCCUCCGCCGCGACUCGCGCGCGCCGCGGCGCUGUCUGCCCGCGCGACGCUGGCGGCGGACGGGGUGA